AUGAGAGAGUCGUUCGUGCCACCGAAUGUGUUCAGCGAUGGGGCAUCUGAAGACAAAGGACGCAGAAUACAAGCUCCUGAAGAUAGCAAGAAUUCUGAUACACCUAUGGCUGUUGACGACGCAGGCCUCAAAUCAACUCCUGAUGUCAUGGUCGAAAUAUCCAUGGAUAGUGACGACGACGAUAGGGAUUCUUUCGACGAUAUGUAUCUCACCUUACCAUCUGACAAGGCGCAGGAAACAUCGUCAAGGCUUGGAAGUUCGUCAGACGAUCUGUUCUUCGACGCACAGAUCGACGUUGAUAUAGAUCUUGAAGCGAGGAAUGCAGUAUCUCAAGGUCCAGCACACACUGUUGUUUUCACCAGAGACAUUGGCCGAGACAACCGCAGUACUUCUAUAUUCAAGACACCUGCGGUUGUAGAUCUAGACCUCUCGCACUCCAUUGAUGGAAUGUAUCGUAUCUUAGAUCUGAUCAGUGAGCAAGGAAGUGGCGGUUUUGUCGAUAAGGUUAUCAUUGCUCAAGAUUCGCUUCAAGAAUUCAUCAAUACUCUAUGUCCGGGGGCAUAUUCAUCUCUGACGAAGGUAGACUACAAAGCUCUCGAUGGACUGGAUGUAAGGCCGGUUGGCCUCUACGGAAGCAAGGCAGAAAUUGUUAGGUUCAUGCAGGCUAUCAAUUUGGUGGAUGAUCGCAUUGCAUCACUAUUACUUGCCGUGAAGGAAUCUCCCGAUAACUCGAAGCCAUUCUUACGUUCAGGGCUGUACAUUCUCAGGCCUCUGAGGACAGGUAAUAUUCAUGGGCAAUUAUUCGUUGUGUAUUGGCCUCAAGAAACAACAUGGGAUGAUUCCGCUGUUACCUCAACGAGGCGCAACCGGAUCACGUUCAUGAGAUACUUGACAAAGAUAUGCGAUCAGAUAUUUGCACUGAUUUCGCAACAGCAUUCUGAGGCUUUGGUAUGGGUUGACGAAGAGGAGGAGAGUAUGACAGUAGAUGGUGACGAUGAGGAGUCAGACAGACUGUUCACCUUCGAGGUUGCAAAGACAAAUGAACAAGAAGAAAAUGUUUCAAUACGACCAGGCUUUCGGAUGACUUGUGGCCAAAUUUGUGUGGCAGAUAAGCAUAUUGAACAUGCGUCCACUGAUGUUCAGUAUAUGCCUAGGUUACUCCUUGGUGAGGUAAUGCAGGGCUUUAUGACUUGCAAUUACAUACCACCUUGCAGACGGAGUGACACCAUUCACCCAACACUCAGCCGAUUAGCGUUGUCUAAGAUUCUUGCAUCGGGUACAAUUUGUCUCAACCCUCAGCUGGGCGACAGUGCAAUAGAAAUGUUACAAGAUGGCGGUCUCAGAAGGCGUUUCCCGCAGGAGAGUCACAAUUGGUCUCAGUGCAGAGAACGUGCUCGUCGGGAGAUGGAUGCGGAAGUUAAGCAGCAAGCGGCUGCUAUAAACGAGAGAUUUGAGAGUGAUGCGGAACAGCUGAAGUAUACGUUGCAUUACGUGGUCUCCCACUCCUUGCAAGACAUGUAUCCAACCCUCAAUAUCGAUCAAGAUGCUACUCCAGGGACAGAAGAGCAUUCGAAUGGACUUGCCCAAUAUGCAGACCUCGUCGCACUGUAUCCUCAGAUUGACGAUGUUGUGCAGAAGGCCAUUCGCGAGGCCGGCACACAGAUCAAGUCUCGAGACUUUCGGAGCAAAAAGGAGCAUCUCAUCAUGUUUCUGGUGCUGCAAGAACAGGUUGACAUGAGCCGCGCCCAGCGCCAGGAACUCUUCCGUCUUGUCGUGGAAGCAGGCAACAUCUCUCCAGGCGCUCGUACUAUGCUGGAUGAACUGAUAAAACAAGACCACGUACCAUCCAAUGAGUCGACAUGGAGAUCUCCAGCGAAAUGGCUACCUCAAGUUGUCGUGCGCAAUUUUUGGACAGACAAAGAUUAUCGAAAGUCGCUCUCCACGAAAUACAUCCAACAUGCUCGGGAGAUUGCGAGCAGUACUAGAGAUUCCGAUUUCUUGACUGGCCUUGUUAUCGACGAUGAUAUGCUACGGCCUGCCUUUCUUGAAGCUAAACAGUUGGCACAGAGCUACUAUGAAGCUGCUAUACCACAAAUAGUUGAGAAGCUCUUUCAUGGGGUCCGUCACACCCAGCAGGAUUUUUGCAUGAAACAAGUCCACCGUGAGGCUUAUAGCCGCAGAGAACAGAUGUACGACAAGUUACGAAAGGAUUUCGUCAGCACCAUUGAAGAUCAGUCCCGCUCGAGCCCUGAUCCGUGCACACACGUCAUUGAUUCAAUUGAUGUACAACGACGAUAUGGAGAAGAUUUCUACCGGCUCAGUGGUCGUAGUGAAUGGCUGGAGCAGUCCUCUCUGGAAUAUGUUGUUCAUAUCCUGCGACUAACUGCGGAGCAUCGGCACAACUUGCAGCUUAACCCAUCAUUCAUGCCGCAACCGAGUGUACACGAACGCUUCGCGCAUAAGUUCCAUCUACCUCUUGAUCAUGAGAUAAAUCAUGCUCAGUUGCUCGAGAACGAGAAGCUUCUACUGGCAAUCACAGAUGGUCACGGCAAACUGUUCAUUUAUCUUGAAGCGGUUACGGAACUAGAUGGUGCAAUCAACCGUGGAAGGUACAAGAAAUUGCUUCAUCGUGACAAAAUAGGGCAGGACUUUAUGUUGACCUACGACGAAUCAAAGAGGAUGCUUGCACUAUGCUCAUCCAUGAAGCUCCACGUCUUUGUGUUUGAUGAAAAUUUUGGUGCUUUGCAAGCGUUAGGCAGCGCAAUCAACUUAUCGACGUGGUAUCCUGAUCAAUCAAUAACCCACUGCCACAUCUCAUUCAUAUGUGGCGCAGAAGAGGUAGUGUUAGUCGAUUCAAGCGCCCAGGCUCGCGUGUUCUCGUUAAUUACGCUGCAAUUCCGGCCAGCAGUUUUGCAUUUGCAGCAGGUUCCGGACAUGAUAUACUCUUCACCAGAUGGCUCUUGCAUUCUGAUAGCUUAUUCAGUCGAUUCUAAACCUCUGCUGGUCGCUUACCACUGGAGUACAUUUGGCUUCACCGCAGGAAUCUCGUUGGGCUCUCUGGACCUUCCAACCGCAGACCAUCUUGUAUUGACAUCCUUCAAUCGUAGAAGCACCCAUCUCAUCACCCUUGACAUCAAAACCCACCAGUGUCAAUCCGUUGUGCUGGAUAUCACGCAUAAGGUCACAGAAUUCAUGUUCAAGGAAAAGGGAAGCAAAAGCAUUACGCACGAGUCCUCGGAUAAUACCGUUCACAACUGUCUCAUCGACUGCCACGCUGAAGUCUGGACACGAUUCCCUGUGCUGCCGGCUGUGAGACGCCAUACAAUCUCUGGUUCUAGCAGCAGGUGUUCGAAGUCUCUGACCUUUGUCACUAAUAGCGGUCAACAGCCGUUUGCAUCCCAUUUUUCAAGCAUGAUUCAAGCUUUCGAGAGGUCAACAAGGAAGCCAACGGGCGACGAGCUCAGAAGUAUUUGCAUUUCUUGCAUCUCGUUCACUGCCAUGGCGGUUCAAUGCGACAUUGAAUAUAUGAUUGAAAAGAUCUCUCGUUUCCGCGUGGGGGAAUGGCUCGUAAAUCUCCUUUGUAUGAUUCCGAUUCACAUCGCGAUCACAAAGGAGAACCGUUUCAUACCGCUUAAAGAUGGCGUAUCCUCAGCAGAGUUGGAGAAGUCGCUCCUUGGUGCUCAAGUUGGACGGAUUGUGGAUAGUUUGUCGUUCGGAUGGUAUGAAUCUAUCUUUCAAUCAUAUAUGGUUUCAAAACCUGUGAAGGUUGUGUCGUCCAUGGGAGAGCAGUCCGUUGGCAAAAGCUUUGCACUGAACCAUCUAGUUGAUACCUCCUUUGCUGGUUCAGCAAUGCGAACAACAGAGGGUGUCUGGAUGUCGGUAACACCGACUGAUGAUACAUUGAUCGUCGCUUUGGACUUCGAAGGGGUGCAUAGCAUCGAGCGCUCUGCACAGGAAGAUACUCUACUAGUUCUGUUCAACACUGCAAUUUCGAAUCUGGUCUUGUUCCGCAACAAUUUUGCACUGAGCCGCGACAUUACUGGCCUUUUUCAGUCGUUCCAGUCGAGUUCGACCGUACUAGAUCCAUCAGCCAACCCUAUGCUAUUCCAAUCCACUCUGGUUAUCAUAAUCAAGGAUGUAGUUGACUCUGACAAGAGAGAGAUUACGAAAGAAUUCUCCCUGAAGUUUCAGCGACUGGUGGAGACAGAACAAGAUGCAAAUUUCAUCUCACGUCUACAUAGCGGAAAACUUGACAUCAUUCCAUGGCCAGUCAUUGAGUCCAAGGAGUUUUACAAACUGUUUCCUGUGCUGAAGAAGCGUCUGGAUCAGCAAGCCAUAACCCACCAUAGCGCAGGAGAAUUUUUGAACAUUCUGAAGACACUCAUGGCAAAGUUGAAGGCCAAUGACUGGGGCGCUCUCUCUCACACCAUGGCAGCACAUCGAGCCCAGCUUAUCAAGUCACUCCUCCUGAAUGCCCUAUUGACUGGAUAUGCGGAAGUUGAUCCAGAAUUGGAACCAUUGAAGAAUUUCGAUACGGACGUGGUACUAGAUAAACCAGAUACUCCUACGCGGUUCUCCUUAGCUGGAUCUCAGGAUGCUGAUGGUGAACGCGUGCUGAGAUCUCUUUGCGAUCAGUGGGAACACAAAGGCACUCGCCAACAGACAGAAGAUGCACUAUGGGUUCCCGAGCUUUCUGAGUAUCUCAACAACUUAGUCGAGAUGCGCAUUGAACAUGUUCAAGAGUGGAUCGCCGUUAACUUUGCUCGCUUUCAAGAGGGUCACGCUAAUCACAUGGACGACUUGCGAAGGACGUUCGAGGGCGCCAGCGUGGACUUGAGAGCUAGCGUGCAGCUCUGUCGAGCGCAGUGCACUGAAUGUUAUCUCCUAUGCAUUCAAAGCCGUCUUCAUGUUGGUGCUCACAGUUGUCAGACAUCGCACGAGUGUAUCAACUCCUGUGACUAUUGUCUCGAUGAAGCGGAGCAGAAGGGCUGCACUAUGUCUGCCGGCCAUCCAGGAAAGCACAUCUGUGUGGUUAAUGCACAUCUAUGUGGGGAACCUUGCAAACUGGCCGGUAAGCGAGGCUGCUUGGAAGACUGCACGAAGGUUGUAGGGCACUCCGGGGACGAUCAUUUUUGUGCAGCUUCAGUUCACAUGUGCGGAGAGCCUUGUGAUCUUUCAGGUAUCGUUUUGGCGGAUGGUGCACAACAUACCUGUCCCGGAACCUGUUGCAUACCUUGUGGCACCGACCACGAUCAGCAUGUUUGUGACGCCCGAAUGUGCCCUGUUGCGUGUCAACUCUGUAAACGUCUCUGCGCGAAUACAGAUCACCUUCACGGUUUGCAGCAUGGAGCGAUUCAUCUCUGCGGGCAAGAGCAUUCAUGCACUGCAUUAUGCAAAGCACCCGGAAUCUGUCAAAUCGACACAACACCUCAGUCCAUUGAGGCCACGUUCACCGGGAGACACGAGACCUUCCAGUAUACUAAGUACUCGCAAGUCGCAAAGCGGCUGAAAUGCGUCAAACCUAUUCCACCUGGUAAGAUCAGUCAUCCAGGGCCUCACAGUCACACUGCCGAUGAUAACGGAUUCCACUAUUGUGAAACUCGUUGCGAAAAUUGUGGUUACUAUUGCACGUUACCAUUGGGUCAUCCACAGCAAGAACACGAGACAAGCCAUGGAUCAAUGUCACAAACUCGUUGGGUUGUCGACGGCCCGGACGGUACUGCCGUCGAACUGCGAGGACGCAAGUACUCGUCUAACGAUGAGGGCGCCCCGAUGAUGUGCAAUCUCGUUUGCCUUGCUAUGGGGCGACAUGUUCAUGUCGAUUACUGUCGCACAGUAGAUGGAACGCCCUGCGAUGGAGCUGAAGUGCAACAUAUCCCGACGCGCAUGGCUCCAAAUCCGAACCGACCUAAGGACUACAUAACUCAUAACCUGCAUUGGAGACGAUCCGGCUUCAAGGAUCCUUAUCCUCGGGAUGACCAGGCGACGUUCGCCAAAUGCGAUGCAAUGUGUGGAGGACCCGAACAUGCCCAAAAUCAGCCGUCAUUCUGCACGCUGCCGAUGUUCCAUCCCGCAAGAGAUCCAAGGGUGCCUGUUACGGGACUGGGCUAUGUGUCGAAUGAUGGGCACUUCUUCUCCUGCAACAACCCAGUCGUCAUGCAGCAAGCCUUCCACGUGAUUUUUGUCGUCGACAGAUCCGGCUCUAUGAGUGCCAGUGACCGGCGACCUCUGGAUAAUACACCCGUGACAGUUACCAUUCGACGGCAAUCGAACAACAGACUGGGCGCAGUCUAUUCGGCCUUGUACGGUUUCUGGUCUGCUCGUCACACAGCCAUAACCUCUGGACUACAACCGGCAGCUCGUCAAGAUGCUUACAGCAUCAUCCUUUUUGAUCAUAGUAUCUCGAAUGUGCUUACGAAUGACUUUGCGCGAUCCCCACAAGAAUUGCUGGACUCUGUCCUUCCAUACGGAAGUGGAGGAGGAACGAACUUCACGGCGGCCCUCCGGUCGGCUCAGACUGUCAUGGAGCAGCACUUCAGUACUCAGAGAACCCCUGUGAUCAUCUUUCUUUCAGAUGGUGAAUGUCAGGUAGCGGAUCAGAUCGUGCAAGACCUUUGCCGUUCUGCUGUGAGCCGCGGGAAACCCCUUUCCUUCCAUGCAGUGUCGUUCGGCCAAGACUCACAAUCGUCUUAUCUGCGACGCAUGGCACAGAUUGCACACGAUGCGCAGAACAGCGCCCCGCGAGAUCCUCUCGCACCAGCCGGUGCAACUGUGCUGUCUUCAUACUCGCAAGCGCUCGAUACCGUCCGACUUGCGGAGACGUUCCUUGGCAUAGCAGACUCGCUGAGGAAGACGCGAGGCUCUCUGUUGCGCUAA